AUGGCUGUCAAGCAAAGUGUUCAAGUCAAUGGCCCUCCAAAGCUUGUUCAACCAUGGCUACGCAUGGUGAGUAAGAACAAGCAGCCAUCAAAAGUGAAUUCCUUCGAACCUAUUGUCACAUUGGCAAAUCCAAAGUCAACUGCAGUGAUAAAGAGGAGACAUCCAGGCCUGAAGCUUACCUUUAGGGAGAGUGUCGUUACCAAUCACAAGGUUACGAAUGAUGGAGUCACAAUUGUUGGCAAUGGGAAAAUCAAAGAAUGUGCCAAUCAGAAGGGACUGGAUGGUCUAGACUCUGAACUUGAAGGGCCAAUCACAGCUUGGGUGGACAAAAUUGCAUCCUGGCCUCAGUUGAAGCCAUCCAUGCCACCCAGUACUACCCAACCCUCCAAGAUACACUAUCUUGUACAACUGGACCUCAAGGAACCACCUGAAGAGUUUGAUGAGCAACCUAGAAGGCAAGGCACAAAGAAACCAAAAGGUGCUGUGAGAAUCAAAAAGUGUUCAAAUGCUGUAAUAGAAGCUCCAGAUGAUCUUGGGUCACUUGCUGAUACUGAAGAAGACCUUAAAAUCCUCAAAGACCUGGAGGCCGCUGAAGAUGAGAAUUUGGCAAUUGAGCAAAGCAACUUGGAUGAUGUGGAAUCAGAUGCAGGUCAAGAUGAUAUGAUGGAGGAUGAUGAUGGCAAAAGCAUUGACAUGGAGGCUGAGGCUAAGACUCAGGUCACUAAGGUUGAAGCAAGUCGGAUUAAAAUUGAGAGUCGGGUCACUAGUUCGAUGCCAGUUAGUAUAACAAGUGAGAACACGACAAGCAAGACCGACAACUUUUACACAAAUAUCAAAAAAAGAAAACUGAAAAAUUCAAACCUGCCUGUCGGAGUGUAUGACCAGUGGCGGGCAAAAUUCAUUCCUUGUGUGAUUUACUGGAUUGGUAAUAGUGAUUAUGGGAGGAGCAUCCCAGAAAAUGAACUUGAGGUUGCCCUUGAGGACAUAUUUGAUGCAGUGCAAUCGUGUGAACAAGGUCCCAGUUCUUUCAAUGCUGGAGGGCGUGCAUUUGCUGUGGCAACACAAAGGAUCUAUGAAUGGCAGGCUACAUUCAGCUCAACUGCCAUCAGCAUUUUAAUGGUGUUUUUUUCUUCAGAGCCUGAAUACAAGACCCAAAAUUGA